UCGGGCACCCUGCGUUGCGAUUUGGAAAAAGAAUCUUUAGGAAUCUUCUUCUAUAUAUAUUACAUAAUUCCACAUAAUCGCCACAUAUUAUAAAUUUAACAACCAACAUGUCGCAAGGUACACAUCGGUCUAUGAAGUAUCCAUAUACCUUAACCGCGAAGAUUGCUCAGUUUCCAUUUAAAUAUUACGUAAAGAAUAGUUGGCUGUUUAAAUAUUUCUUGUUAAGCACAUUUAUAACUCUGCCCAUAUUCUAUAAAAUUCAAAAAUUAUCAUAUUCUCCCGGGAAUGUUGCGAAAUGGGACAAAAUCCAUCACGAAAUGUUCUACGGUACUCCAGGCGGCCAUCACUGAAGUAGAAAUAUAAUCACUAGAGUCAAAAAUGAAUGUGUAAGAAAAAAAACAACAUAGUCUUUUCUCUGUCUAAUUAGAGCAAAUAAAUCUGUAAUUGCAUGUAAAAUAAAUUAUGGAGAGGAAU